GGCAGUUAAAGCGGGCGGCGGACACCGGGGCCUGGGCCGGGGGUUACCGGCCGGAGAGGAGCGGGACGGGGAGAUCGGCGGCACCUGGUUGGCCCAGCCAGACCCCGCCCCCUCCAGGCCCAGAUCCACCCUUAAACCCAGACCCCGCCUCCUCCCACUGCAGCCCCGCCUCCUCCACUGCCUCCUCCUGCUAGCCCAAGCCCGAUGGGCUGAAGGGUCUCCUCCUGUGCUGUACGUCCUCGAGAUUUAGGUAGGGUUGCUGUUCCUCACCAUUAUUGCUGCAGGAUGUCAACACUUUUUCCUUCACUCUUUCCCCGAGUGACAGAGUCGUUAUGGUUUAACCUCGAUCGACCAUGUGUGGAUGAAAAUGAACUCCAACAACAAGAGAACCAGCAUCAGGCUUGGUUGCAGAGUAUUGCUGAGAAGAACAAUACUUUGGUCCCAAUUGGAAAGCCUGCUUCUGAGCAGAACUAUGAUGAUGAGGAAGAGGAGGAUGAUGAGGAUGACGAGGACAGUGAAGAGGACUCUGAGGAAGAUGAAGACAUGCAGGACAUGGAUGAGAUGAAUGAUUACAAUGAGUCUCCAGAUGAUGGAGAGAUAAAUGAGAUCGACAUGGAGGGUGCAGAGCAGGACCAGGACCAGUGGAUGAUCUAAAAGGCCUUUGACUCUCUCUGUGCUCUUCAAAUUCAGGGAUUCAGUUUAUUCAUCAAAUUUGACACUGGGAGCAAGAGAUCUUGAAGAAAAGUCCGAUCAUAAGUGCAUGCAUGCCUUCUCCUCCAGCCAGCACCCACAACCCUAACCCUGACUUGUUCAGAUCCCUCUGUCUGACACUGUUUGAGGCAUGGACUUUUUUGAACGGCUGAUGAUUGCUCUAUUCCAGACAAGAACAGGAGGCCAUUUAGCCCCUCAGGUUUGAUCCUUCCACACGUAUCGGUUCCAUGACCCUUGAAGAUGUGUAUCCUCCCCCCACCCUGGCAAAAUCAACCUCCAUCUUGAGAUUUUCAGCUGAUUCACUCCCUCCUUCUCUGGGGUGGAAAGUGCUGGAUUUCCACAGACCAUUCCCACACCAGGGAACUGGGGUUACAGUUUGUGAAAUUGUUAUCCAGUGGAAUCCUGUCUUAUGGUUUGUAGAAUUGAGGAGGUUUUCGGAAUACAGAGUUGAGAUCCCAACCUCGGCCCAACAGUCAGGGGAGGGGCCAAGCUGAGACCAGGUACAAUUUGUGUCAAAUUCGUGUCAAACACUCCAUGCUGCUCUUAAUCACACCUUUUCCAACUUUAUCUUUCCAGCACAUCCUUCUAUCCCUUCACUUCUCCUUCAGCUCUUUUUGUUUCUUUUCAAUGCAUCUCAGCUGUUCACCAUUUAACCACUGCCUGCCAUGGCAAGUUCCACAUUCUAACCAGGAAAUGGAUUCUCCUCUAAACACAGGACUGAAAGCAUUGCAGGUUUCUCUUUACUGCCUCUAUUGAACAAUUCCUUGGGGACAUUUCUCGUGAACUUUAAAAUAAAAUGUUUUGUUGGUC